AUGGGGAACGAAAUUUCAGGACGUCAAUAUGACGUCAGCAAGAAUUACAAUAUCCCACUAGAUCAGUUACAAAAAUGGUACCAUGAACAUUACAUCAAUUUUUUGAAAAAAGAAAUUGCGGAUAAAACGUGGCAAAAUGGUAAAUACAAGGAACAUAUGAAAGAUGGCAGUGGGAGAGCUAUAAGUGAUCGACAUGAUAAAUUUUGUAAAUGGAAAGAAAUACAAAGAGAAAUAUUUGAAGCUACGUUAGAUAAUCAUAGAUUUUUAUUAUAUUCUUGGGAAGAACGAGCAAAAAAAUUUAUAGAUGAAGCGGAAGUGGAGAAUAGAUUUUCUGGCAAAACGUGCGACAAAGAUAGUACACAAGCUAUUGAUGAUAGUAGUAGUUCUACAGGUACUAGUAAUACUAGUAAAACUAUAAAUCUGGGAAUAUGUUUGCCAAAAAGAAGAGAAAAUAUAAAUAAAAAAUUAUAUAAUGUACGUAAUCUUAUUGAAAAUAUAAAUAAAGGAGACGGUAGCGAAAGCUCAAAAGCCCAAAUUGCUGCAACAACUCUUAUAGGAUCAUUAGCAUUACAAACAGAAAAUGAAAUAGAAAAUUUAUUUAGAAAAAAUGCACAUAAUACAGAUCAUAUAUGUAAACUCUUAGGUCGAACAUAUGCUGAUUAUAAAGAUAUAUCAAAAGGUAAAGAUGUAGUAGAACAUCAUGUAUCGGAGAAUGUUCAAAAGUUAUUAGAGGAUAUUGUGAAAAAAAUUGGAGGAGAAACUAAAAUGGAAGAAAUAUGGAAAACCCAUUUUAAAGAUACAAUAGAAAAGAAAUUAAAAGAAGUGAACAAUUCUAAGAAAGGUCCCAAUACUCAAAACACAUGUACGCUAGAUCGUUCGGAAGAUCAAACUCCUCAAUGUUUGCGUUACAUGCAAGAAUUUUUAGAAGAAUUUUUGGAACAGAAAACAAUGAUUGAGCGGCUUUUAGAAAAAAGAUGUAAAAAUAAAACGAGUCGAAAUAAUGUUAAUUGUAAUAUUUAUUGUACUGAAUUCCAAAAAUUUUUAAAAGGACGUAAAGAUUGUUAUGAAAAAUAUAAAACCGAAUGUCAAAAAAAUUUACAAAAUCAUAAUCAAUACAGUCAGAAAGAUGUUUAUGAGCAAGAAGUGAAAGAUAUCGAAAAAAAAAUUAUAAAAAGAAGCGGAUGUGUCAAUAUAUGUGAAAGUGGACAUGACGUCAAGUUAGAUCCAUUAUUUGAUGGAAAUAAUCCUGACACCAAUAAAUCGUACUUUUGUCAUUGUGAAAAAGGAAAACGUAGGAAUAAUGAACCGGAACAGUGCAAGAAACAAACAACAUCUGCUGUUUUGUCACUUGAAGGCGAUUGGAAACAAGGUAUACAUAAAAAUAAUAAAAAUACCCCAAAUGUACCAAGUAGUGUAUGCGACUUACAAUUUGGAGAUCAUAAUUCUACUGGAGGUGUAGGUGAAGACCCAUGCGGAGGUGUAUAUAGUAAUAGUUCGUGGAACUGUAACGAUACAGUACAUGAAGGUAUAUGUAUGCCUCCGAGACGUCACAAAAUAUGUAUAUCGAAUAUACGGAAAUUGAAAGAAAAUGAUAUUCGUGAUAUGAAUUCUCAUAAAUUAUUGCUGGAAGUUAUGUUGGCAGCAAAAUCCCAGGCUGUACAUCUACGUAACAACUACACUAAAGACAAACAUCGUUAUCAACGUGGUAGUAAUGUAUGUCGUGAUGUUCAAUUAAGUUUUUUAGAUUUUGGAGAUAUAAUUAAAGGUACAGAUAAAUCUAACGACAACAAUUCGAAAGAGACGGAGGAUAAUUUGAAAGCUAUUUUUGAACAAAUAAGAGAUGAGUGGAAAAAAGGUAAUGGUGGUGACACAAAAUAUGAUGACAACGGUUCGUAUGGAUUGGGCCAACUACGUUCAGAUUGGUGGGAAAAGAAUAAAAACGAUAUAUGGAAAGCAUUCAAUUGUGGCAACCCAUGUGGUAGUAUACCACAGGAUAAUCGUUCUCAGUUUUUGCGAUGGUUCGACGAGUGGUCCACAGAAUUUUGUCACGAAAAAAAAUGGAUGCAACAAUUGGUGGAUACUGGAUGUACACAUUGUGGUACAGAUCAUUGUGAAUACACAUGGUCAUGGCCAUCUAUUUUGGAGUGGUUCAGUCCGCCUAAACCAUUUUGUGAUUGUAAGAAUCAGUGCAAAAUAUAUUCUAAUUGGAUCCAUGGAAAAAAAAAAGAAUUCGAAAAUCAAAAAAAAUAUUACGACGAAAAAUUAACGUUAAUGGAUUUUGGGAACAAUGAUCGUGGUGGCAUUCAUACUAGUGGUAAAUCGACUACUAGUAGUAGUGUUCCAAACGUUGCAACAUAUUUGAAAGACAAAGUUAAUAAUUGUGGUAAUGAUGAUUUCAACGACAUUCCCAAAAUGUUUUCUUCCUACCCUGAUGACAAAUCCAAAUAUAGACAUAAAUGUAGUAGAUGUUACCCGCAACUUGAGGCGGAUCUAACAGGUAAAGAUGGAAAUAAGACGACUGUAUGUGAUGUCGAUAAAAUAUUAACUAAAGAAAAUAGUAACAUAAUACAUGAAUGUAAUCCACAUGAACCAAUAUUGAAAACAAAGAAGGAUGAUACUUCCGAUUGGUCAACUAAAAACAUAAGUACGAGGUAUACUCAGUUGUAUGGUGAUACCAUUAGUAGUAUUGAUGUUCCACCUAGAUAUGACGAUAUAUGCAAAGACACUAUAAAACAUGAUGGCACCGAUACGCGAACCAAGUACACAGAUGUCCACGAUUUUUAUUAUAAUAAUCGUAUGUUAUUGUCGGAACUUAUAUUGGUAGCACAACAUGAAGGAAAAAGUUUACGUGAGUAUUAUAUCCAUAAAAAUGAUAAUAGUGUUUUGUGUACGGCUGUGCAACGAUCAUUUGCCGAUAUUGCAGAUAUAGUUAGGGGUACGAAUCUCGUGGACACGUAUAAUGGUAAUGGUGUAGAAAAACAUUUGAACGAUAUGUUCAAAACACUCAGAGAUGAAUACAAAGAACUAACAUCCACGGAUAUAUAUGAGGAUGAUGAUGAUGGAUUGGUGAAAUUUCGCAAACAUUGGUGGGAAACGAACCGCCACAUGAUAUGGGAGGCAUUCUCCUGUGGAGACCGAAACACCCAAAAGUGUGGUAGCCAUAUGAAUAUGGAUAAAGUCCCGCAACUGUUACGAUGGAUAAGUGAAUGGAGCGAAAAAUUCUGUAAAGCGCAAAAGAAACAGUACGAAGAUUUGAAAAAUGCUUGUAGUGACUGUAGUAAAGGUAAAGGUAAAAAUGGUAAGUGUGCAAAAAACACAUCACUGUGUACACAAUGUACUUCAGCAUGUACUAAAUAUAGUAAUUUCGUCACAAAAUGGCACGAACAAUGGAAAUUAUAUGAAAAGAUGUACAGUGAAUUGUACAAAAAAGGCAUUAAAGUUGCCGACACUACAACUGAUGAUAAUGUCGCAUAUAUGCAACAACUUAUAAGGGACGGUCCGACGUCUAUGCUAUCUGCUGCAACGUAUGUGAACGCAACAAUGACAUCUAACGAGUGUGAAACACAAAAAGAGUUUGGAAAUAUUAAUGGUAGUAAAUAUGUUUUUAGUGAGGUUCCAGAAGAGUUUGGGGCUGCAUGUACGUGUGGAGAAGAAGAUAAAUCGCACAAGGAUGAUCCGGGUGGUAGUACUUCGAAUGUUGUGAAACCGAAACCACCAGAUAUAUGUGAAUCUACACUGAAUGGUAUAAAUUAUGUGAAAUGGGACUGUAAUAGAAAAGAUAAUACAGGAUAUGGUGCAUGUAGGAAAAAAGGUGAAAUUUAUACACCAGAAGACGUUUCUGAUUUAUUUAAUGCAUGGGUAAAAUCGUUUUUGAAAGAAAUUGAAACAUUUGAUACGAAAGUAAAAGAGUGUACAAAUGGUGCUUCAAAUACAUGUACUAACGGUUGUCCAGAUAAAUGUUAUUGUUAUAACAAAUGGAUAAAUAGAAGAAAAAGUGAAUGGAACAAACAACAAGAAUAUUAUAAAUUGUUUAAUAGUAAUGGACAAUCUUCGUUUUCUUUAGAUGACUAUUUGAGUGUAGCAGUUGAUGAACUUGAAAAUGGUACAGGAACGGCAACAGAAAACAUGCAAAAAAAAAUAAAUGAUACCCUACGAGAGGUAAAUAAAUGUGUAGAAAAAUGUCCUAAAAAACUUGAAUGUAAAGAAAAAGGGUUUGAAGCACAAUGGGAGUGUGACAAAAACAACGGUAGUGGUAAAAUUAGAGAGCUGUGUGUCAAAAAGGGAGACGAAGAGAAAUAUAACGUCGCGAAUUUAAAUCAAGUGGAACCAGUCAACAAAUUUUAUGAUACGUUCAAUUAUUGGCUAGACGAUAUGGAGCGCACAAUAGAUGAAUAUCUACAGAUAUUGGAACAGUCGUGCCACAGUGCAAAUAAAAAACAAACGGCGCGGAAACAAGGGACUACGAGCAUACAAAAUACUAAAGAAUGUAUUUUUUGUAAAGACGAUUGCGUAUGUUAUGAUGCGUGGAAAGAAAAAAUUAAGGAACAGUGGAAUAAACAAAAAGGAUACUACGAAACAUACAAGAGUAAAGAUGGUAGUGAAAUGUCAGGUAUUGAUAUGGAUACAUAUUUGGAAGCAAAAUGUGAUUUGGACAACGUAUAUAGUGGAAGUACGUCAUAUAGUGGUGAUCGCAGCAAAACAUAUUGCCAGAAAAAAACAACAUCAACAAGUGGUAGCGGUAGUAAUGGCACUAUGUUUGACGAGUUUUUAGAUACUAUGAAUAAAAAAAAAGAAAACGUUUGCCAAAAAUGUAAAGAUACAGAACAAGAAACGGAAACUGCUCCAGAAAAUUGUGAUGAUAUUGAUGAUGCAUCUGGUUGUAAGAAGAAAGAAUUUGUAAAAAAAACAGGAACACAAAUAACAGAAACAUCAUGGAAAUGCACUACAGGUAGUGGAGAAGUAUUGGAAUCUUAUGUUUGUGUCCCUCCACGAGGACAAAAACUAUGUAUCGCAAAUAUGGUUGAUAACCGUGGUAUUAAAGAUAUUACUACUGAAACAGAUUUGGAAAAGAAAUUAAUAGCUGCAAUAAAAAAAGAAACAAAACUAUUACACGAAUACUACAAAGGCAAAAAUACCUCUACUAGAGAAAUACCUUCGGGAUUUUGCGAUGCUGUAUAUCGUAGUUUUAAUGAUUUCAAAAACCUUGUGACAGGAGAAAUGUUAUGGAAACCACCAAAUAUUAAAAAGUUAGAAGAUAAAAUAAAAGAAAUUAUAGAAAAUGGUAGUAGUGGUGCCACAAAACGCCACGAAUGGUGGAAAAAUCAUGAGUCUGAGUUUUGGAAUGCUGUCAAAUGUGGAAUACAAGAAGCAAAAAAGGGUAACACAGGCAAAGAAUGCCCUCGAUUUAUUCAUGAUGAGGAUUACGACACACAAUUUUAUUGGUGGUUCAGGGAAUGGGGAGACGAUUUUUGCUCCAAAAAAAAAGAAAAGGCAAAAGAGGUGGCGGAGAAAUGUAAUGCCAGUGACGCCAAGAAGUCGUGUACUACAAAUACGUCCAAUAUGGAAGAUGGAGAGUGUAAGACUGCAUGUGAAGAUUAUAAAAAAUUGAUUGAAACACAUAAAGAUGCGUGGAACAAAUUUUCUAAACAUUUUGAUGAUGAAGAGAAAAACAAAGAAAAAGAUAACAAAGCCUCGUAUAACAAUUCUUCAUUUUAUUUAUUAUUCAAUUGUGAUGAUUGUAAUGGAACAAAUUUUGGAAAAGUAUUUAAAGAUACUAAUAUAUAUGGCGAUUAUGAAACCACAUGUACUUGCAUAUCAUCAACGUCAUCACAACAACCAGGUGGAAGUACCACUGGUGUAGAUCCAUGUGAUGAUAACAUUUCCACAUCGAAUUGUCGUACCAAAAAUAAAAAUAACAAAUGGAAUACUACGAUGAUAAAAAAUCCUGAUAAAUAUAAAGUGUAUGGUCCUCCACGACGUCAAAAACUCUGUUUAGGGAAUUUAUAUGGAUUAACAGGUGGAGAAAACCCAAAAUUAGAAUUAGAAAAAGAACUGUACGGCGCAGCUAAAAUGGAGGCAAAAUAUUUACGGGAACAACACAAAAAUGAUAAUACCACAGCAUGUAAUGCCAUGAAACGUAGUUUUCAUGAUUUUGGAGAUAUCAUUAAAGGCACGGAUAUGAUGAAAGGACGAUUUGGUAUCAUGGUCGAAAAAGAAUUGAACGAAAUAUUUGAAAAUAGUGGUACAAGUGCUAGUGGUGGUGGAGAAUCACGCGAAGAAUGGUGGGAUAAACAUAAAGAUAAUGUUUGGGAAGCAAUGAAUUGCGACAAUACAUGUGGAGGUACCACCCCUAGUGAUGAGAAACCUCAAUUUUUGAGAUGGUUAGAAGAAUGGGCAGAACAAAUAUGCGAAGAAAAAAAAGAACAUAUAAAAAAUCUACAGCGCGAGUGUAAAAAUGGGCACACCAAUAUUGAUGGUAAUGGUUGUGCAAAAGCAACACCUGAUUGCAAAAAACAGUGUAAAGUGUACAAUGAUUGGAUAAAUGCUCAUAAAAAUGAAUGGAAAGGACAAAAAACAAAAUACCAACAAAUAUACGAUAUAGUUGGUGAUGUUGAUGAGGACGAUGUUGACGAUGAAUAUAAAGAUUAUGUAAAACCUAUGAAAAAUAAAUCAGAUGCUAAGGAGUAUAUACAGUCACACUGCAAAGACAAAAAUUUAGAUGAUGUGUUCAAAAAAAUCGAUCAAGAAUAUAAAGAAUACGAACCGUUCUGCACAGAAUGUCGAAUAAAAGAUAUUGCGGACACGGUGAAGAACAAAAAAAAUAGUGCUUCCACUAAUCCGUGUGGUGUAAGCAACAAACCUGGUAGUAAAACAACCACGAGUGUGACAGACAUUGCAAAAACCUUGCAGGAAACGGCAAAGACACAAAUGGAAACAAAUAGUGGAAGUAGUGGUGAUGGUAGUGAGAGUAAGUUGAAAGGCGAUGCAGAGAAAGGUGAAUACAGGAAAGGGGGCGAAGGAAGUGAGUUGAAGGACAACAUAUGUAGUAUAAAGGAAAAGCAUUCCAAUGAUGGUCGUGGUAAAGAUUAUCAAGGACCAUGUACAGGAAAAGAUGGCGCAGGCGUACGGUUUAAAAUAGGAGAAGGAUGGAAAAGUGGUGGCACAAUAGGUACCAAAGAUGAUGUCUAUUUACCUCCUAGAAGAGAACAUAUAUGUACAUCAAAUUUAGAAAAUUUGAAUACUAAUAGCGACGGACUUAAAGGUAGUAAUGCUAGCAAUUCAUUAUUAGGUGAUAUUCUUCUGGCAGCAAAAAUGGAUGCACAAAAGAUAAUAGAACUGUAUAAACAAAAUAAUGACCCCGAUGGUCAUAAUGACCCAAAGGACCAGGAAACUAUGUGUCGAGAGAUUAAAUAUAGUUUUGCUGAUAUAGGAGAUAUAAUUAAAGGAACAGAUUUGUGGGAAGAAAACGGCGAUGCAAAAAAACUACAAACUAAUCUACAAAAUGUUUUUAGUACUAUCAAAAGCACACUUAAGGAGAAAGGAAAAUAUGAUGAUAGUGACACCAAUCAUACAAAAUUACGUCAAGACUGGUGGGAAGCAAAUCGUGAAAAAGUCUGGGAAGCAAUGAAGUGUGCAACAAAAAGUAGUAAUAUCCAAUGUGAUGAUAAAAAUAGUAUUCCUGUUGAUGACUAUAUCCCGCAACGGUUACGAUGGAUGACCGAAUGGGCUGAAUGGUUCUGCAAAGCGCAACAACAAGAGUAUGAAAAGUUGAUGAAGGUGUGUGAGAGCUGUAAGGGUAUAAAUGCUGAUGGAAAAUGUAAAGAAUGUAAGGAUUGCAAAGCAGCUUGUGGUACAUAUAAAAAUUUUAUUAAUAAAUGGAGACCUCAAUGGGAAGCCCAAUCAAAAAAAUACAAAGAAUUAUAUGAUAAGGAAAAACAAAAUGUUAGUAGUACUAGUGGUACUACAGAUGAGAAGGAUGUAGUUGAAUUCUUGAAACAAUUACACGAAAAAAAUAAUGGAAAUACCACGUAUUCUACUGCUGCAGGAUAUGUACAUCAAGAACGUAAAACUAUGGAUUGUAAUACACAAAAGGUUUUCUGUAAUAUCACUAAUGGUGUUGAACAUACUAAUGGCACUAUUGACGAGUAUGCAUUUAGGGAUCCGCCACACGAAUAUGAUAAAGCAUGUAAUUGUGUGGAAGAUCCGCCGCCCGAGCCACCUCCUCCUCCACCACCCGAACCUGCACAGCCACAGCCUGCGAAUCCGAAUCAAGAUAGUAGUAGUCAAGGUAAUAGUAGUCCAGGUGGUGCUGGUCAACCUGGAGUUAAACCUAAUGUUGUACCUGAUAGUGGUAGUGGUAAACCUGGUGAUGGUGCACCUAAUCCCUCUGCUCCUGCUGCUGGUGGCAAAGAUGGUGGUGGUAGGGCACAACCUGAUAGUGGUGGAAGUAGUGGUCCACCUGGAUCCCCACCUAGUAAACCUGAUAGUAGUGGUAGUGGUAAUGUUGCACCUAGUCCCAAUCCUAGUACGCCUGGUAGUGAUCCUGGUAAAGAUGGUGGUGCUCCUUCACCUGGAGGCCAACCUAGUUCUCCUGGUCCUGGUGGAGGUAGUGGUAAUCCCGGUAGUGGUGGUACUGGUAAGAAUCCACAAGGAGGUGGUACAAAUCCUGGUGGAACUGGUGGUGGAGGUAGUAGUGGUAGUUCUUCCAGUAGUUCAAGUAGUUCGAGUUCGUCUAGUAGCAGUAAUAGUAAUAGUGGUGGAGGUGGAAGUGGUGGAAAGAAAGGUGGAGGUGGUAGCGGUACAGGUAAUUGGUAUCGUUAUAACCCCAGAUAUCAGAAACCGGUAAUUAUAAAACCACCCGGAACACCAAAUAUAUCUAAGGAACAAUUGGAAGCAUGCCCACUAGAUCAGACUGUCUGCACCCAAAUUAGUACUAGCAGUUGCAACUCAACGAAACGUCAUCAUCAUCUCGAUGAUUGGAACACAUUAGAUUUGAAAGAACGUGAUGGAAGAAAUCAGGGUGUAAUAAUUCCUCCAAGGAGAAAACAUAUCUGUUUCCAAAGUAUUAUAGCAUCUGGUGGGCGUGGUAUAAAAGAUGAAAAAGAAUUCAAAAGAGCGAUAUUAAAAUCUGCGGCGAGUGAAGCAAAAUAUUUAUCUGAAUUAUAUGGUAAUAACUCGAAAAAAGCACUAGAAGCUAUGAAAUACAGUUUUGCAGAUAUAGGCAAUAUUAUAAAAGGUGAUGAUAUGGUAGACGAUAUGCGUUCAAGAUACGUGAAAGAAAUAUUUGAAAGGAUAAAUAAAAAUAGCACUCCAAACAAAUCAACAACACCACCAACAAUAACAGGUAAAGAUUGGUGGGAAACAAAUAAACAACAGGUAUGGAAUGUUAUGAUGUGUCACUAUAAUGGAGAUGAUAAGGAUAAAAAGUGUAAGGAAUAUGAUACAAUCGAUAAAACUCCACAGUUUUUACGCUGGUUAACUGAAUGGGCACAACAGUUUUGUAUAGAAAAAGUAAAUGAAGCAAAAAACGUAGUUGUCCAAAACAAAUGUUUAGUAAAAAUUAAUGGUGUAGAAUCUAUUGAAAAGAUUUCCGAUCAACAUUGCAAAUAUCAAUUAGGUGAAUAUAGAAAUUGGUAUGCAAAAAGAAAAGUUCAAUGGGAUGGAUUAAAGGAUCAAUAUACUCAACGUUUUCAAAAUGGUGCUCCUACCUCAUCUGGAAUUACAAAACCAAAGGAAAAAAAUGCUAAUGAAUAUGUAAAAAAACAAUGUACAGAAUGCGAUUGCGAAAUUAAUGCUUUGGACGAUCUAUUUAAAAAAAACAUGGAAAAUAAACAGUUAUUAAAAACAUUAACUAAUACAGCAAAAACCGAUGCUACUGAUCCAAUCAAAACAAUUGACCCAUUUUCGGCUAUUACAAAUUUAGUUGAUAAUUUAUCGAAUAUAACUUCACAAGUUGCGAACAAAGUAAUUACAAAUCCAGAAAUUUUUGUGCAAGGAAUAAUUAACUCUGCAGUAGAUAAUACAUUUAAAACACUAGCGCAGGCUAAAGAUAUCGUAGAAAAAAUGCAAAAAAUUCAAGAACAAAAAAAUUCACCUACACCUGCACCCGUACCCCCUCCACCAUCUGAACCUAUACCACCUAGUACACCCACGACUUCCUCUCCCGAAAUUAUAGUUGGUCCAGUCGUAGGUGCAGUGGCGGCAUCGAUACUAGGAAUAAUGCUAUACAAGGUAAUAAUAUUUGUGUGUUUAUGUGGAUAUAUCCCUAAACCAUACCCAAAUAAACAUAGACAUAUAUACCUACUCCCAGAAUACAUAUAUAAAUAG